UAAUUCUAUGUCACACAAGUUGUUACUGUGUGGUGGGAAACGGUCAUUUAAACAGCUUGAUAAAACUACAAUAAAAUCAUGUUUAACAAGGUGCUUUCUGUGGUUCUUGUAACAUGGGGACUAUUCGCCAUUGCGCAGGCGGCAAAAACGGUUAAGGGCUGUGAAAAGCAGAUGUCUGCCAAUUUGAAGAAGAAGCUGUGCGAUAUACGUCAGUACAAGAUCUUUGAUGAGCCAGAUAUGGAUAAGCAUAUGGACUGUGUGAUGAAGACACUUAAAUUCGUUCGUGCUGAUGGAACUGGAGAUUACCACCAGCUAAUAAAACCACUGAAUGCGAUCGAGAAGGAUCGUAAGCACGAUUUCAAUCUGGAAAAGUGCGGAGGAGACACGAUGCACCUACCAGUAGGUAAACGAGCGAAUGCCUACUACAAGUGUCUGCUGAACUCGUCGUCCAGUGAAUCGUUCAAGAAGGUGUUCGAUCUGACGGAGCUGGUAAAGGCUGGUAAACUACCGGCUACGGCACCGUACAGUGGAGCAGUAGAGAAGCUGAUGAAGAAAAUUGAUCAAAAGAUUUGCAAAUGAUUGAAUCAAUUGUUGUUGUUUCAUUAAUGGCAAGGAAAUAAACAUGUGGUUGUAUGAGGCAAUAUAAUA